AUGAUAUUCGACACGUUGAAGGAGGCUCCUCGCAACCUCAAGGAGGGUAUUGACUGGUUGAUAGCCCUGAAGGAAGGCGAUGCUGUAGAGAAUGUAGUGGCUCUUGGUGCCGCACUUCACCGCCUGCUCUCGCGUUACCCGGUUGGCUUUACGGUGUUGCCAGCUCUGGAGAAUGUUAAACGUAUUUCUCAGAAGUUCUUGGAGCAGCCGGAGCUUAAGGACCAGCCGUUCGUAAGCAAGCUGCUUGGUAGGUUCAAAGCACCUUUGAAUAAAAAACCCGGCGUGCUCGCUAAGUACUUUGGAAAUAUAAUGGAAAGCGACUAUCAGAACGUCAUACAGACCAGACGUGCCAAGCCUGAAGUUGUAGCAGCGAACGUGGCUCAAGUUUUGUAUGGCACUGAAAAGUUCUUGGAGGAUAUAAAGGACCCUAAAUGGUAUAACCCUACUUACAGCGGAAGAGCGACGUGGGAUGCGUCGUGUGCCAAAGAUCCGGAAGCUUGCGCAGUGAUCCUCGUGGGUAUUGCGCCAAUGCUAUACACAGGCCUACGUUCGUUGAAGGAUGCAACCGAAAUUGCAAACAAGAAAAAGCCGAAGUCUAAGGAGGAGAAGCAUUUGGGAGAGAUACUGAAAGCUGUGGGUUACAAAGAGCCGGAAUGCCAAGGUGAUGUGAGUAGUGUAAAUCUCCUUAAGGCGUUGAGUGCCGUGGAUGAGCAAGUACUGGCCGUGCUCUAUGAUCUUGCUGGAUAUUGGGCUUUCUAUUAA